AGAGGCAGAUGCACUGAGCGUCCCCCGCCACCCGGCAUUCUCCGAGGGAGGCGCAGAUGAGAGCGGCCGCUUCUCCGGGUCCGACAUGCAGCCCGGGGGAAGAAACCCGCUCCGCUCUUCGGCCGGACUUCUGCUCUGCUUGGGCUGGCUGUGCCUGUCGCCCGGCGCCCCCUCGCCCUGCCUGGAAGAGUGCCGCUGUUACCUGAGCGCGCUGCUUUGCCAGGAGCCGCGCAACAUCCACUCCCUGGCGCAGCUGCGCAGCCUGGAGAACUUCACCGAAAUAGUUGUGGAAAACCAGGCUGGGCUGGUCAACCUGACAGGGGAGGACCUGAGAAACCCUCGGGAGCUGAAGAAUCUGACUAUUGCAAAGACCAACCUGAAGUUCAUUGCUCCAGAUGCCUUCAAGGCCAGCCCAAAUCUGACACAUGUGAAUCUAGCCUUCAACCAGCUGGAAUUCCUCUCCUGGAGGGUCUUCUACCAUCUCCGUCUUCAGGAGCUGAUCCUUGUGGGGAACCCCCUACGGUGUGUCUGUGGGCUGCUGUGGCUGCAAUCCUGGCAGCAGAAGAGGCAGCUUGACUGGGCAGGCAACCAAUCCUUCCAGUGCCUGCAGGAGGACAGGACCCUGGUUCCCGUCUUCAACCUCACCCUCUCCGGCUGUGAUUUCCCCAAGGUCAGGAUUGACUACGAUCCCACCCCGAUGGGAGAAGGCGAGAGUGUCAACCUGACGUGCCACAUCGCAGGAGAGCCGCAGCCAGUAGCAGAUUGGGAUUUGCCCAAAGUGGGGGGUGCGCCCCCUAUCAAAACCAAGAAGUCAGAGUCGGAAAUUGUGCUACAGAUCACCAACGUCUCUGCCAGCUACAACCUGCAAAACAUCACCUGCCAAGCUGAGAACGAGGCGGGCAUGGGGGAAGCUGUGGCCCGGCUGAACGUGACCUUCCCAGCAAUGAUCCGCGCGAUGGGCCAGGCCGUCAUGUACUAUCGCUGGUGCAUCCCCUUCUCGGUGGACGGCAACCCCACGCCCAGCAUCCGGUGGCAGCUGGACCACAAGGACCUCCUGGAGACGCAGAUCAUUUACACCAAGCUCUUCCCGGAAGAGGUCCCGACUACAACCAUCGUCCACGGCUGCUUGGUCCUCGACAAACCCUCGCACUUCUUCAAUGGCAACUACACCCUGCUGGUAGCCAACGCCCUGGGCUCGGCCUCCUGCACCACCUACCAGCACUUCAUGGACCUCCCGGAUGAAAACUUCCACGAGGAGGAACCCUUUCACGGAGCAGACACGAAUGGCACCGAGGGGGGCCCUGUGGAGACCCCGGAGGAGCCCCCGGUUGGGAUCUCCGUGGCCGUGGUCCUGGCCGUUUGUGCCUGCGUCUUCCUGUCCAUCAUGUUGCUGUUCCUCAACAAGUGUGGACAGCGCUCCAAAUUCAGCAUCAAGCGGUCCGUGGUGUUGGCUCAAGAGGAUGACCUGGCCAUGUCCUUGCAGUUCAUGGACGUGAGCGGCAGCCCCCGCUCUUCCAUCGAGGCCAAGCUGGAGGGGCUCAAGAGCAGCUUUGUGGAGAACCCCCAGUACUUCUGCAACACCCCCGUCCGGCACAUCAAGCGCAGGGAGAUUGUGCUGAAGUGGGAGCUGGGCGAGGGGGCUUUCGGGAAGGUCUUCCUGGCCGAGUGCCACAACCUCAGCCCCACCCAGGAGAAGAUGCUGGUGGCCGUCAAGACCCUGAAAGAAGCCACGGAGAGUGCCCGGCUGGACUUCCAGCGGGAGGCCGAGCUGCUGACCGUCUUGCAGCAUGAGCACAUCGUCAAAUUCUAUGGGGUCUGCACUGAUGGGGAGCCCCUCAUCAUGCUCUUCGAGUACAUGAAGCACGGGGACCUCAACCGCUUCCUCCGGUCGCACGGGCCUGAUGCCAAGAUGCUGGACAACGGGAACGGCCAGUCCUUCGGCCAGCUGACCCUGAGCGAAAUGCUGCAGAUCGCCACACAGAUCGCCUCCGGCAUGGUCUAUCUGGCCUCCCAGCACUUUGUCCACCGGGACCUGGCCACCCGCAACUGCCUGGUGGGACACGGCCUGGUGGUGAAAAUCGGGGACUUUGGCAUGUCGCGGGACGUUUACAGCACCGAUUAUUAUCGGGUGGGGGGCCGCACCAUGCUCCCCAUCCGCUGGAUGCCCCCCGAGAGCAUUCUCUACCGCAAGUUCACCACCGAAAGUGACAUCUGGAGUUUUGGCGUGGUCCUUUGGGAGAUCUUCACCUACGGGAAGCAGCCCUGGUACCAGCUCUCCAACACGGAGGCGAUCGAGUGCAUCACGCAGGGCCGGGAGCUGGAGAGACCACGGACUUGCCCCUCGGAGGUCUACGACAUCAUGCAGAGCUGCUGGCAACGGGAGCCCCAUCAACGGCAGAGCAUGAAGGACAUCCACAGCUGCUUGCAGACGCUGGUCAAGGCCCCUCCGGUCUACCUGGCUAUUCUCAGCUAAGGGGGAGGGGGAGAAAGAGGGAGUCGUCCCCCCCAACUUCUCCAUCCAUCCAUCCAUCCAUCCAAGCAAGAAACUCAACCCAUGCAAGACCCAUUUCCUGAACUCUGCCUGCCACGGAAAAUGCUUCUCCCUUCUUGGGAAAGCCAGCCAGUUUCUCGGACUGGGAAGCAGCCCUUUCCCACCUUCUGUAUCUAAAGGCUUGUUUAGGGGAAGAGACCCUGACCCGCUGAUGGAAGCACGGCCCUAGCGGCCUCUCUUUGCUGGAGUUGUUCCCGUUUGGUGCUGGGCAGCUGCCAGGCAGACCCAGAAGGGAGGGAGGCAAGGCGGGGAAGCCACUCGGCCUUGUCCAGGGUGACGUAAACCUGUUUUCCCAUCAUCGGGGCUCACAAGACGAUCCGAGUGACUCUCUCCAGACGCCUCGCAUGGUGUCAAGAGUGGCCAUCAGAAGAAAGGCUUCUGCUUACAGAUUCUUAUUGAUAGUCCUGAGCUGUAAUAAAUAAAACUUCUUCUGGCAAUGGGGGUGUGUGUGUGUGUGGAUCGGGAGGAUUCAGACAAACCCUGAUGCAAAAAGCAAUCUGAGAUUUAGAAUGGGCUGGCAAGGGAUGACAGACCUCACCCCCCCCCACCAGAUCAAUGGAGACCCCCAGAAGUCCCAUCAUCCCCAGUGAGACACGAUCUAAACUGAAGCUAAGCUGGUGCUUUGCAUAUUGGAUCCGAAAUAACCUGCUUUUUUUCCCCUCCACGAGGUGGGCUGAAGCCAUAAUCAGUGGCCGCUUGGUG